GUAUACAGUUGACAUGUGAGUCAUUGGCAAGUAUUAAAAUUCUCAGAAAUCAUCAGAGUUAACAAAGAAAAAACCUGACUGAAAUCCGACUGAUCUAGCUGUCAAAAUGUGUUAAUGUAAAUGUCAGUGUUCCAGUAUUUACUAAUUAAAAAGUUAUCUGUGAUAAAGUAUUUUAAGAGUGAGAGUGAUAACCCAUGAAUACUACAUGUAUAACACCAAUUUUUUUGUAUUGUACGAAUGUAUAAAAAUAUUCAUAAGCUACUUAGUUGGGUUAGAAAAUUAAAUAAUUAAUUAAACUACCACGGUUGCAUUUAUCCAGCAUUUAUUUUUAUUUUUAUUUAUCUUGUAAGAUAUAUUUAUAUUUAAAUACAUAUUGUAUUGUUGUUUACCAUGGAGCAAGAAGAUCGUGAGAAAAUAGAUCGAUGUAUUGAUAAAUUAGUGCCUCUAAUCAACAUGGAAUCAAUCUGGCCAAUGUUGUUUUUUCACCAAAUUUUUUUUAGCGAUGAUGUUAGUGUGCCAAAAUGGAAGGACCGACUGGAAACACCAGAAACAAAACGUGAAAUUUUGUUAAAGAUAAAAACUCGAGGGCCUCAUGCAUUUAAAAAUUUAAUCCAAUGUCUGCGAGAAACUCACCAAGAAAAUCUGAUAAUCUUGUUGGAGAAUCCGCAAUCCGACUUGUCAAUGACCUUAGCUACAAUGAACAUUAGCAACAAUAGCAACUCUGCUAGUGAUAUUUGUUGUGCUCAACCUAGUACCAAUAAUAAUCUUCCUUAUGAUCCAUAUGAAGAAGAGAUAGUUUAUAAUCCAAUUGAAGCUGGUGAAGCAUUGAGGAUCAAAGUUAAGAAAUCUACAAGAUUCAUGGAAAUAACUAAUGAACCUCUUUACCCUAUGAAAAGUAAUCCUCGAGGAAUAGUAUUGUUGAUAACCAUCAUAGAGUACGUUGCUUCUGAUCGUAAUCGACAAUCAGCAAAGUUAGAUCAUAAAAACUUAAUCGAGUUGUUCAAACAAAUGGGAUUUAAGGUUGUUGAUAAAAUAAAUUUGACUGCUGAUGAAAUAAGAAAAGAGUUAAAAGAUUUUUCAAAAUCACAAAAAUUGCGACAUGUAGAUUCUUGCUUUGUUAUCAUUUCUGCCCACGGAAACUCGACUGGGGCCGAAGAAAAUGAAGAUGAAGAUAGUGUGAUCCACGGGAUUGAUCAUACUGGAGUUAAAUCAACUCCACACAAAGAAAUUAAGUGUGAGGAAAUAAUAAAAUAUUUUUCAGCUGCGAAGUGUCCUAACAUGAUUGGAAAACCCAAAGUAUUUGUUUUCCAAGCGUGCAGAGGAAAAAACAUACAAAAGGCUUUGACUUCUAAAAGUUCCCAGUGUACAAACAGCAUCAAAUCGCUGAACCUAGAAAUUGACGAGAAUGAAGAAAAUUUCACAAAUUCACGUGCUGGCAUAUCUUGUCGUAAUUUUGAGGAUAUUAUUGUGUUCCAAUCAACGUUACCUGGUCAUGUGUCAUUCCGCGACACCAAGUAUGGGUCUUGGUUCAUACAAAUAUUCUGCGAGGUCUUCAUGAAACAAGCUUAUCGUUUAGAUUUAGUUCGACUUUUUCAGAAAAUUGAUAUCCGUCUAAAAGCACUCAAGGUGUCAGACUAUUACUGCCAAACUGCUACCUUAAAGCUAUUAGGGUUUAACAAGGAUCUUUACAUCAAUCCUGGAUAUUUUGAAUAAAAAUUUUACCUCGAAUAUUAGAUUUUAUAGUAAUCGAACACGAACAAUUUUUUCUUCCAUUUUUUAAACAUUUUUAAAUUUUGAAUUUAAAAUGUCAGUAAUUCCAUUUUAUAUUUAUGUAUCGAAUUAUGUGAUACUUUAUUAUAUUAAUUUUUGUAAUAUUCUUUAUCAAGUUUAUCAAUGUAGAUUGAAUCUACGUAGUUUUAGAUAUUUUGUACUCUUUAUAUUCCAUCAAA